AUGCCGGAACCUUGGGCUGACACUCCUCUAUCUUUGAUUGCCGAUACCGGGUUCCAGAGUCGGUCGGAUAUCCCUCCUAACCAUGGUGCCAUCCACUUUGCGCGGAACAUGGCUUGCUUGCAUAACCUGCUUCUCAGAUCCUUCAAUGCCUCCUAUAACCAGUGUCUCCGCGUGAAAAAGGGAACCAAGGAGGCUGCCGACUUUCUAAUCUUCAAUCAGAUCAUGUACGAAAGCAUUACACACCAUCACCAUAUUGAAGAAGAGUAUAUGUUUCCGAGGCUCGAACAGAUCACGGGCGUCAAAGGCAUCAUGGAUCAAAACAUCCAGGAGCAUAAAGACUUUGAAGGAGGUCUCCACAAACUUUCUGAAUAUGUUUUCAACACCGAUGCGAGCAGUUACGACGGGGAAACAUUGAAAGGAAUACUUGAAAUUUUAGGACCUGUUCUGGAGAAACACCUACACGCGGAGAUCCCUACCCUUCUCGACCUUGGCCAAUAUGAUACCAAAGCAUUGAUGGGGGCGUGGGAAUUCGUGUCGAAAAAGGCAGAGGCCGGUUUAGUGCAGUCAAGAACCGGGAUGAUGGCGCUAUCAUGCAUAGACAAAACGUUUGUACUGGACGGGGAACACAUCACCUUUCCGAAGUUCCCGGCAUUCGUACCAUAUCUAGCGAAAUAUAUAUUCAAAUGGCCUCAUGCGGGCUCGUGGCGUUUUGCUCCGUGUGAUGGGUUCGGGAAUCCAAGACCGCUACCAUUUUCGGCUUCUAGUUCUGAGUAA